AAAAAAGUGUGGGUGGCUGUCAGGAGCGUGGUGAGCAGGUGGAAGCCGCUCCGUGUCGCUGCUGCUGCCGCCUCUCAAUGAAACACAAUCCCGCUGGGGUGGAAGAAACUCUGCGCAGCGAGCAAGGCAAGGCAAAGAAACAUUAACUUAAUUCAUCAGAGCCGAAUGUUUCUGAAGAAAGACACAAGCCAUAACCGAAGCGGGAUUUAUUCUGCAAACAAACAAACAAACAGACAAACAAACAAACAAGCAAACUUCCUGUAAAUGAAAUGACCGGAGCUUUCUGUGAGGAGUGAGUGAGAGCUUGACAACCCGGUGAAUCGAGUUUACGAAGAAGAAGAAGAAGAAGUGCUCUCAUAUUUCACUUGUCUCUCACCAAGCAAAGAGGGACUUGUUCGUAUAAGCUGGCUGGCGUACGCGGGAGGAGGAAUGAACUCUUUGGACCGCUAAUCAUCUGCAGACUUUGACGCUUUUUUUAUAAAACAUUUUUUUAUUUUUAGCAGCCAAUACAACCGAUAUAUAUAUAUAUAUAUAAAAAUAAAAAAGGAGUUGUUCCUCAAGUCAGCGGCAAUGGGGGAGCAGCCGAUCUACACCACCAGGGCCCAUGUCUUCCAAAUCGACCCAACCACCAAGAAGAACUGGGUCCCUGCCAGCAAGCAGGCUGUCACUGUCUCUUAUUUUUAUGACAGCACACGUAACAGCUACCGCAUCAUCAGUGUGGAUGGAACCAAGGUGAUCAUCAACAGCACCAUCACACCCAACAUGACGUUCACCAAGACAUCGCAGAAGUUUGGCCAAUGGGCGGACAGCAGGGCCAACACUGUGUUUGGACUAGGCUUCUCUUCAGAACAGCAACUGGCCAAGUUUGCCGAGAAGUUCCAGGAGGUAAAAGAAGCAGCCAAGCUAGCAAGGGACAAAUCUCAAGAGAAGGUGGAGACGUUGAGUAAUCACUCCCAGGAGUCUGGACGCGAGACGCCCUCAAACAACCAGGCGUCCAGCAUUAAUGGGACAGACGAUGAGAAAAUCUCCCAUGUCGGCCCAGAGGCCGCUGUGCUGAAGAGCGAGAAUGAACGUCUCAAGAGUGCAGUGGAGCAGAGCAACACCAACGCCAAGAAGUGGGAAACAGAGCUGCAGACUUUAAGAGAAAAUAAUGCCAGGCUGGUGGACGCACUGCAGGAGUCCUCGGCUAAUGUUGAGAGCUGGAAGAAGCAACUCAGUGUCUGCAAGGAGGAGAGUGACACGCUCAGGGAAAAGAUUGCAGAACUAGAAGCUCAGUGUAAAGAAGCCGAUCAGGAGAAGCAGAAGAACGCCCAACUGAGCGUACGAGUGCGGGAGCUGGAGACUGAGCUACACGACAAAGAGCAGGAGCUGGAGAACCUGAGGAAGCAGGCAGAGAUAAUCCCUCAGCUCAUGGCAGAGUGUGAGAGCAUCACCACAAAACUGCAGGCUGCAGAGAUGAAGAACAGCGACCUGGAGGGGAGGAUAGGGAGUCUCCAGGUGGACAUAGACGACAGUCGACAAAAGCAGGGCAACAUGAAGGGCGAGCUGAAGAAGUUCAUGGAUGUUCUGGAUGGGAAGAUAGACGAGCUGCAUGAGUUCAGGCAGGGGCUCUCUAAGCUAGGUGCUGAUAACUGAGAAAAGUGGCACUGAGUUGAAAAGGGUCAGAGGUCAGGUACUUCAGGGCAGAAACUAUGUGGCACCUACUCCCCCAAAGGUGAUGUCCACUCAGCUUUGGCUUCUAAUAAACACUACCAUGCGAGAAAGAGAUUUUUUUUUUUUUUUUUUUUGGAGAGGGAGAGAGAGACUGGCAGGAGGAAGGCCAGCAUGCUCCACCAAACGGCUCCAUUGUAUGCUGGCAUUCUGAAACUAAAUCAAGAGUCACACUUUGAGCUUACUCAUCCGUUUCUGUGGGGGGGGGGCUUUUAAAAAGCUGGUGGUGGGUUCUUAGAUUCUGUCCAUCUGUCUUUUUUUUUUUUUUUCCUCAAGGCUGCAGUGCUUCUUCACAGGCAGUCCGAGUUUAGAGUAGAAGAGGGGACUUAAAAGGGCUAAAUAUCGAAUAACACACAAAGACAAUGCUGUUCACCAUCACUCAAGUAAUAAUUGGUGUUUAUCCUUGUGGCCCCCCUCCAGAGAAUUAGACACGAAAUCUUUCUACAGACUGUCCUUGCUGUUGCCUCCCGUCUAUCUCAGGUGUGUUAGAAGACAGUUUGUACUCAUUAGAUUAUAUGCACAUAUAUAUAUAUGACAAAUGGCCGUGACACAAAGUGCCUCCAGGUGAGUUUAAAAUCCACCUGGCAAGGAGAACUGGCCAAGUGAUGACCAUCACCAUAAUAAUAACUUCUUUCAUUUUUUUGUUUUUUUUGUGAGAAACCCUGAUGAAACAUCCUCUCUAAUAAGAUAAGAAAAACACAAGCAGGUGAGCUCAUCCCGAGGAUGUGAAUGUGGUGACAAACUAAAAAAAAAACAAAAAAACUCUGAGAAGGGACCACAGAAGGAAUUCAUCAACUCUCUUGUGGGUGUUUUUUUUGUGUGUGUUUGUUUUCCCAGUAAACACACGGUUGAAUUAUAUUUUCAUAAAGAAGGAAAACUUCCUCGUCUCAGGAGCUUUCCUUCACAAACAUCCAGAUGUAAUAAUAGGAACCCCAUUUUGCCAUGAGUAUAGUGUAGUGUUCAAAGGAUUUGUGUGUGUGUGUGUGCAAUAGUAUUGUUUUCCAUUUGUAGAACGAAGACCUAUGUCUCCGAGGCUGUUGAUGUGCUUCCUAUACGUUGGUUUUUGUUAUGGUGGUGGUUAUUUUUGGGUGAGGGGACUUGGUGCUGCUCGAUGGGUGAAUACUCCACUGAAAACGUUUAGACAGGCACGGGCCUUUUCACCACAACCCCUGUCAGAUAUUUGUUUUUUUGUUUUACAUAUUUAUUUAUUUUUGGUGCCUCUCUACAACUAGUGUUUCUAGAACAAACAAAGUAAAUUAUCCUUAACCUAAUGUCUCUAUAGAUGUACAAUAAUAUAUAAAAAUAUACCAAAUUGUUGGAUUUGCAGGUUUUGUUUGCAGGAUCUUGGAACGAUACAUUUGAAAUCAAAGGCAGAUGUUGUAGUGACAUAUUUACUAUGAUGUUAUAAUAAGUCUUUAUUUUUUCAUCACUGUUUUGAUCUUAUAAGAUUGAGAUUAUCUAUGAAGGGACUUUUUUUUUUUUUUGGCUUCUGUCUGUUUAGCCCUACUGAACCUGGAUAACACAAACCUACGAUCCUUCCUUUUGAACCAAUGCCUCUUGUGCACUUUUGUGACUCCUGUUCAAUAUUGUACAAAUAGAACUGACAAUUGUUAAAAUUUAGUUUAAUUACA